UGUGUUGCUAAGCAACGCUUCGCGUGGAACAAGCACUUUGAAUCUAUGCUCCUUUUUUAAGCAUCCACUUAAGCCCUUUCUGGCGGAGGCACAAUUAAACUUUUUACACAAUAUAUGCCUGAGUGUUGAUAAUAUAAGGUGUGUUUCUGCGGGAUCCUCUGCAAGCAGAAAUCUUUUAAACCACAGUUAUCAAUCUCCAGCAGCUUUCUGCGGGUCGAUAAAAAAUGGAAUCAAGCUAUGGAUCACUGGUUAAGCAGGCCAUUGUGCUGCUCGAUAAGUUCAAUGCCGGCAGACAGUGUUUGGAUGACUUCAUUGGAGACGCUACAAAGGAUCUGCAGAACAUGGACACUCUGCAUAAGGAGUUCGUCCUUGAUGUUGUUUCUGGAUGUGUCGAGCACCAAAAGCUCCUGGAAGUAGUUAUCAGUGUCUUCUAUGGCCAGAAUGAGAGAUCUUUAUCUAAAGGUGAUCGCAGCCAGUUUGUCGUUAUCUGUUACCUCACCACCUUUGCCCUUGAAGACCUUGGACUUCAGUGUUUUAGCAAAAUUGUCAAAUCACUGGACAUAAAGAAGAUGCAGCUGUUCCUGACUUUCUUCUUCAAAAACCUCACUACGUGGAUACAAGAGGAGUGGAAUAAUAUCUAUGAUGCCGCCUAUGUGGAGAAACACUGGAUUAAGCCUCUGCUGAGAUGGCGCCCUGAGAUUGAUAUUCUCAUGGAGCAGCUUGCUGUUAAAAUAUCUCUGGGGAAUCAGGUCAAGAAAGCUCCAAUUAAGACCACCAAGCCAAAGGAGUUCUCUCUCACCAAACCCAAAACUCCAGUUCUGCCUAUGCCUGAGCUCAUUCCACAGCAGGAAAAAUGCAAGCCAGUACCAAAUAGCACAUACAGGUCCCCGAAAGAGAUGCAGAAGAUAGAGGAGAUCAAACAGAAGAACCAGCAAAAGACGGAGGAACUGCUCUAUGAGGCAAAUAUGAAACAGUUCAGAUGUGUAAAUCCACAGAAGUCUGAACACACCAAGAGGGUGAUGGCUCAGAUUAAGGCAGACUUUGAAUCUAAGCUGAAGUUCAAUUCAUUUCAGUCUUCUGGAGUUCCUCCCAGUAACAAGACUAACAUGUGGCCCAUCAAGCUCAACAGUGCAGCCAUUUUGAGGCAAGGGGCCCUAUAUGACCGCCAGGUAGAGGAGGAGCUGCAAAGACUGGAGCGUCUGGUGGAGGGGGCACGCGAGCCCUCGUCUUUCCUGCAGUGGCAGAAGGAGAUGCGUGACAAGGACCUCCAGGAGGAGCUGGCCAACAUUGAACGCAGGCGUCUGGAGGGACGCAUCAGUUAUGAGGAGGCAGCUAUGGCCCGCACACGUAUAAUGGAACGCAACCAGAGGACUGCCCUGUUGAAGAAAGAAGAGACAGCUGAGCUAAUGCGGAGAUAUGCUGAGAAAAGGUUGCAGGAGGAGAAAGAAUUGAGAGACUUGGUACAACAAGUGGCAGAAGGCCACAAGAACUCAAAGACAGCGAAAGAGAAGCUGCACAAAUUCAAGCAAAGUAUAGUGAAAGAAGUCUCAGAGCAAAGUCGUGAGCUCCUUCGUCAAGCACUUGAGGAGGCACAGGCUGAGCUCAGCAGGAAAUUUGAAAUCAUCCACGAAAUCCAUGCCAUUGAAUCGCUUCCUCACAUUAGAGUCAGGAAUUUUGAUGACACAGAGACUGCAGGCCACGAGCUGCUGGGAGAGAUGUCCCUGGCCGAGCUGAAGGAGCGGCUGGCCCUCCUGAAGGAGGCGCAGCAAGCUGAGCAGCAGGAGAAACGGGAGCAGAUCCUGGAGAAGAAGCAAAACAAGAAGCAGCUGCUGGUGGAGCAGCUGGACACCAUCAACCUCCACAGGAGAGUUUUGGCACAGGCUGCUUCCAUCAGGAAAGAGGAGAAGAAAGCCCGGCUGGGUUCACAGCACACAGCGGCUCAAGAUGAGACAGUUUCAGCUCUGCAGAGGAAGCUUGAAGAGAAAAAACAGGAACGCCAAAGGCUGAAACAAAGUGAAAGCAAGAAGGCCAAAACCUCCGAACAGGCAGCAGGUCACACAGUCAGAAACACAAAGACACACAGCAGAAAAAGCCUGGAGGAGAAAAGCUGGGAGGAAUUGGAGCUGAGCUUAGAGCGUCAUAUCCAGAAGGCUGCUCCUUAUGUUGCUUCUCCUGCUGAAACACUCAGCACGCUCCGAGGGCGUGUAAAUGUUUCAUUUUAGAUCAGAAGAAAAUCAUUAAAAUUGUUGCAAGAAACUCGUGGGAUGAUUAGGUUUUCAUUUUUUAUUGCCUUAAUAUGUCAUAUUUUGCAUUUUAAAAUGACUAUAAAAAUGUUUGAAUGCUGUUAUGAUUUAUUUCUUUGGUUAAACUGUUUAUUAUUGCCUUUAUUACUUCUGGAUUCCCUGUGAGUGUCUAUAACUGUGAUAUAACUGUUGCCCUGAGGUUACAGUAAAUGUCCCAAAAUAAAUUCCACCUGUGUAUGUGGUGGC